AUGUUGGCCAUUGUAAAUGCACUUCGGGCGUCAAAGAGGCAGACAUCUACCACUGACAGUCCAGAAGCCAAUGCUGCUACUGGCAUACUAGGUGGACUCUAUGGAGACUUGGAAUUAUCUUCUUCCAUUGGACAUUCACAAACAUGUCGACCGUGCUUUUUGGAACCUACCGUACUGGCAUAUGUGUCUGGAUCUGUGGUGAAUUCCAUCGAUAUCGCAACAGGAAGGACCAACAAACCCAUUGUUGGAAAAUCUGUCAUCACAGCCAUCGCUUCAAGUCCACGAGACGGCGUCGUUGCAUUUGCUGAACGUGGUAAACUGAGCAUUCGAGUACUGAAAUGGCCUGGUGCUACUUCUACAGGUGUCUCGGUUCAAGUGCCUCAUGGAGACUUGUCAAUAAAAUCAAUGGCAUUCUCGCCAAAUGGCCGAUAUCUUGCCACUUUGGGUGACAUACCUUCCUUCCAAGUGUGUUUAUUCGAUUGGAGGACUGGUACUCUGCUGGCGAGUACACUAAAUGAUGGACCAGCAUCUCUCUUGUCGUUUGAUCCUCAAGAUCCUAGCGUUAUGGUGACGAGUGGUGACAGAAUCGGCGCACGCUUCUUCAAGAUUGAAGGAACACACAAAAAAUGUAAUCUUCGAUCCAUAAAAACCAAAGACGUCAAUGACGAUCCAUUGCUGUCGCUGGAUGUAGAGUUUUCGUCAACCAAGACAUUAGUAUCCCAUGCAUGGACACCAGACAACAAUCUAUUGGUACCUUCGCAUGAUGGGGACUCGAUACUGCUAUACAAUUCUAGAACUGGCGAGCAACAGGAAUUUGUACACUCUCAAGGUUCUGAAACCGACACCAUUCCAAAUCAAAUCAGAGUCGUUGCGGUUUGUGUUGAAGGAGCUGUGAUUGGUUGUGAGGAUGGAAGGAUACACUGGUUGGGUGUAUCAAACAGCAACAAGAUAUCGAAAAGUUUACAAGUUGACAAGUCACCGAUAACGUCUCUAGUACACUCGCCAGACUAUCGAUAUAUGGCCAUCAGUUGCGGCAACGGCAAGAUUUUCAAGUAUGACGUGCAUCCAGAAGACGAAACAGAAAAUCUCAGUUUGGCUGUGGACAUAUGCGGUAGCCAAGUGUCGCAAUUCGCGCUGCUAGCUGCCAACAACACAAUCCUUCUUGGCAGGGACGAUGGCAAACUGAUAUUCUAUGAAGGAGAAAUAUCGACACGUCUCCAAGAUACAGACAUGGAUAUAGGCUCUUGUGUGAUAGCAACCGCUCCAUACUCUCCACUUGUUGCUACUGCAUCCAAAACAGGUGUCCUAAGGAUAUUUAAUGCCGAUGGUGUUACAGAGAAUGCCAAACCCAGAUUAUUGUCUCGUACUCGUCUUCACUCCGGAAGAGUCCUGACUUUAUCUUUUGAUCCGAUUGGACGAUAUCUGGCGUCAAUGGGAGAAGACGGUCGAAUCUUUCUCUGCGAUGUCUUUUCGAAAUUUGAGCCUAUUGGGUACCUGCACGUAUCUGGGCGGCCUGUGAAACUUACUUGGAGUGUGGAUGAAGGUGCCGAUAGUGAUGAGAUGUCUUUGUAUCUUUAUGUGCUGACGACAGAUAAUAAUACGAAAUCGUCAGUGGUGCAUCGAUUCCAACUCCCUGUCGACGACCAUCCACUGGAAGUGGGAGGAGAAGAUAAGAUGACUCUGGUGAAGGUGCCGUUAGAUCCCGUAUUAUAUCAAGCAGACGAUGAGUGGAGAGAUUUUGCAGUUUCUUGGGGACAAUUGACUGGAUACCGGGAAGUGUUUUAUGCCAUGUCUACAGAUCGAUGCCUCAAAGUAUACAAUGGUCGCUCUCGAAAUAAUGGACCAGCGCUUGACGAGGCGAUGCAAAAUGGGACGCCACUAGUUCUGUUAGGGAAUGCCCUCGCUCAGUUUUCGAAUCACGAGAAAACAGACUGUCGACUCACCCUGUCUCCAACCCUGUCAUGGAUCCUAACGUGGUCUGCUGACGGUCACGUCACAGUCCGUUCUGUAUUAGAUCUAGACCAAGCAAUCGUAGUUCCCGUCCAUGAUCCUUCACUUGGAGGUGUAGUUACUGCUCAAUUCUCACGAGAUCAACGUAUCUUGUACACUGUUGGCCGUGAUGGAUUGAUUCGUCUAUGGGAAUGGAAGUAUACUACUGCUGGUCGUCGAGCAGCCACUGAAACAGAAUCUGAGAUUGAACAGUUUGAAGAGAUGCAAGUGGAAUAUGUUGCUACUGUUAUGGAUACGCUGGUCCAUGCUCCUGCCAUCGACGAUGUUGUUGACUCAGAUUCUGAACGAGCCAUAUGGGCAGGACAGGCGACAACGGACAAUAAGCAAAGUAACAUGGAAGCUGAAAUUGAAGAGUACAAGAACUCACUGAGGGCCAGAGCAACUCUCAUUCGAGAACGUAUUACAGAUACCAUCCGUCUCAACGAGACAGUCCCCUCCAAUGAAUCUUUAGAUAAAGGAGAGCUUGUGAUUGAUUUGAGUCGACGUGAUCGACUCUCGACUCAGACUGAGGAACGAGUAUCUCGAGUUCGUGCUGAAGCGGAAGAACAGAAUCUCAAGAUGCGUGUUAUCAGGAAUCGUCUGAAGCGUGAAGUAUGGGACUCAAUGGAAGUUCCAGGAGAGUCCAUCAAAUCUUUCAAUCCGAGUAAACUGACCAACAAUCGGUUUGAAGUGCAAAACUUUGCGAUUCGUAGAAGGUCGUCAGAAGAAUUGGCCAAAAUUACUCGAGUCAAGUUGAUGCGUCGGGUGCAAAUGGUUGUUAAUUCUGCUAUUCUAAAGCCCUCGAAUCGGGAUGACGAAGACGAGAUUCCGAAAUUGGCCUCAUUAGACUCACUACGUGCUGAUGUCAUUCCUGAAGUGAACAAGUAUACCAACAAGGAACUCUUGUAUGAUCCCACAGAGUUGACUACCGUUGAGAAACGUGUACAGCAGAUCGUCUUGUUAUCUGAAGUCGCUAUGGACGUUAAGACUGAAUUCAAUGGUCGCUUCCGAGAAUUUUCCAAAUCUAAACGAGACGAGAUAACCAAGAUUGAGGAGAAGAAUGAUCGAAUUGCUGAGAUUAUGGCUGAUUUGCAGCUUAACGAAGCUAUUCCUCAUCCCACUCUGGACGAUUAUGAAGUUCCAGAACGUGUUAUUGAAGUCAGACCAGACGAGAUCAGAGCUCCCAAGUUCAUCACCCCUGAAGAACGUCGUAAACUGGAGGAGAAGCGUAGGCAAGAUGAAGAACGUCUGCGUGCUCAACAAGAAGAUGAUUCUAAGUCGCGUGCACUUCAAGUCAUGAUGGGUGGAAAGCUUGAAGAUCGUGCCGAAGAGGAAGACGAAGAAGAGCUCGUCGCUCCAGCAUGGAUGACCACCAAAGUGGAAUCCGACAUGAGUGAAGACGAACGCAAACAAGUCAAAGAAUUCGAACGUCAAAUAGCAACAAGACGAGAAGAGCAAGAAAAGUUUCGCAAAGCCCUCGAAGCUGAAUUGAGAAAGUUGCAAGCAACAGCCAAGGACAUGUCUAUUGCCUUUGAUGAUAAACUAGAAGAGUUUGGUGAAGAACGGAAUAAGGCUGAAUCUAAAGUUCUCAAGUAUGAACUUGGAGCCAUCAAGUUGGCACAGAUUUGUGCGUAUGCAGAUGGUGGAGAGAUUCGAGCUGCCACCAUUUUGAGGAAACUUGACGACUUGAGAGUUGAGAAGGCCACUGUGUCUUCGGAAAUCCCUGAAAUCAAGAGGGAUUUGGAGCGAUGUCGCGAAGACUUGGAAUCAGCUCUUCGUCGUGAUAAAGAUAUUGAGAGGCAGUUCAAGCGAGAGUUUGCCGAGUUUGCUGAUCAUAUGGAGACACUGCUCAAACUUUUCAAGAAUCGUGACGUGGUCCAGAACGAUAUUGCCAAUGCCGCCGCAAACUCUUGGUCACCCUACGCCACUCUUGAAACAGAUGCACCAACAGACUCAGCAGACUCUGAGUUGGCACCUUUAAGCGUUGCUGGUCUCCAAGUACAACUGGAUCAAACAGUUCUAGACUAUAUUGCUGAUUUACGAGAACGAAAAUAUGUCACGGAAUGUGAAGUAAAAGCUGCUCAACGACGCUUUCAUGAUGCCUCUGUGAUUGUGCAGAGUAUAUUGGAUGCUAGUGAUAGGCUACGAACUGAUGUGGAGAAUGCUGAGAAGGCUUUGACUAUGAUUGCUGAAGAAGCAUUCUUGGCCAAGUAUGAUUUGGUGCAUUUGAUUGAGCUGAAACAAGGACAGGUGGAAGUCCCAUCAUCAGCAGUCGUGACAGAUUACUCUGACGCAGUCCUGAUUCCGCGCGCCGUGAUUGAAAAGCACAAUGAAGCCAUCUUACAAGUUGGCAAGACAAAAGUAGAUGCCUUGAAAGAAAUGAAGGAUUACCGUAAAGGAAUCUUGAUGCUUGAAUGGCAGAAUUCAGUGCUAGAUUUCCAGGCUGAAGAUUUGACGAAUCGGAUUCGUGAUGUGCAGUUAUUACGAGUUACUAAACAGAUGCAAGAGUAUCUUCGGUCUGGAGAUGAGCACAAGCAAGCUUCUGAAGUUGCUUCUAUUGAGCGAAGGGCCGAGUAUAGUAUACAGAAUCACGGUCAUAAAUUGAGCGAGCAUCGUAAAAGCAUGGCAAGAUUGCAACGACGCAUUCAUGAAAAGAGUAUCGAAAAUAGUGAGUUGGAUUCUGAAUUGGAGAGGCUACGUGAACGCAUGGAAGAGACACGUAGGAUCUACGAUGCACAAUCCGACAAGAUGGCAGUCAAAGCAGAUCCAUUAAAAGAGAUCUAUUCUCGUCGUCGUCUGGUGGAUUAUGCACGUUCGCAGGCUGCAGAUAUCAGUAUCUUGCGUGAGGAAGUUGAACGUUUACGACUCAAGACAUAUCCAUCUUUCCCGGCCAAGCGCCCUUAA